AUGGAUCACGGCACGGAUCCGAGCGAGGAUCCAAAUGAUCCCCACCACGUUUCUUCACCGUGGCUCACCCCCUUCUGCCUUUUGAUUCCUCGCCUCAUUUCCAACCGCUGCGAACGCGUAAUAAUUUCUAUCCAACGAUAUCAUACCGACGAAUUCAAACAGAAAGCGGUGAAGUAUUGUAUACGGUUUGGUCACUCGUUAUGGUCCGUGAACCAGUUGCCAGCGCAAGAGGCGAAACAAAUAACAAAUUUAUUACUUCUUAGUGGUUAUUUCUAUCCAGUGAUGUUAUAUCGUCGAGUUCAAAAAGAAAGCAACGAAUUAUUGUAUAUACGAUUUGGUCACUCGUUAUGGUCCGUAAUGCCCGGAAUUGUAAAUCCGACGAAUAACGAUGACUCCGAAGAUCAAAAACAGCGCGACAGGGAAAUACGUUUAAAUCGCGGACGAUCGAACGCCGGUAGGUACGAGAACAUAAAAAGCAAGCAAUCGUGGAAAGUAAAACUAGCUAAAUAUCUGGUCAACGAUUUGAAAAAUUACGGACCGGGGAAUUUAAUGCACAUAAACGCCAUAAGUACUAUAACAGGGAAGCCUAUUCGUAUAUGGAGAUCGAAAUGCUUGCAUCAAACGAUAAAUGAUCAAACGAAUCGAAAUUUAACCGAGAAUUUUAUCGAUAUAGAGUAUCAUGCUCAGUUACCCGAUCCUAUAGGACACUGGACGUUAUUGGACGAUAAAGAUCCUGUUAAUGUUGAAUUGGAUUUAAACGCAUGUCUGUUUUCAGUGAUCGCUGCUCAAACUGGGAAGAACACGAACGAUCUAAAAACAAAUACCAUUGACUUUCUAACGAAGAACACGGGACAUUUGAUUAGCCAAAUAAAUAAAUUUGCCACGAACAACAAUGACGGGAGAUCACUGAUGAUAGGCGGUGCUCGAUACGUCGGCGCAUCGCCAAAGUCAGCCCGUAUCAUUCUUGACAAUUCGCAGAAUAUUAUUUGUCACAAGUGCAAGGAUUACGGUCAUCCGAGGGGUCACGCGUCCAAUAUAAAUGCUACAGGGCCAACAGAUAGCGUUGAAAACUAUUCUCUGACAACAUUAUCAAAGAAAUCUGGUUUCUUAAGCAGAACCGAUCAAGACAACGUUGCCCAUGUUACUUUGACACAUGCAGAAGCAAGGCGUGCCAUGGACGAAUUGAACGAUGGCGCGACAUCGAAAACGGUAACGUUAUCACGCAGAGAUUUGCAAAGAAAGCACUUUGUUCUGCCGCAAAUGAAAGAAUACAAGAAUGGUCGCGCAGCCUCUGGAAAAUUGGACAUUCUUCGUGUUACAAUAGUACUGAGGCACCAUCAAGGAAAGUUCAGAGAUCCGGAUGCAGACGUUUUUGUACACACAUUUUAUCCAAGAAGUAAUUGA